AAAGGAGUAAAAAGGUGUGUCAGCAUUAAAUCCAUUUGAUAAAUACUAAAAGACAUUACAAAUAUUUCUGAAAAUAGAAAAUUAGAAAAUGCAUUUACAUUUACCAACUAGCAGAUUCAAGGAUGGUUUCACAGCUGUCUUGGACUAUUCGGCACCAUUGCUUUUUGCUGUGAGUUUAGUUCAUUUCAGUUAAUUCUAUUUAAAUGCCUCUUUAUGGGUGAGAUUCAUAAAGGAAAGGAUCAUUUUUGAUCAGUAAGAAUACUUGCAAGGCAAGUUUGAGUUGAAUGGGGUGUAUUUAAAUUUAAAUAAAAGUAGAAAAUAAAACUACUUUUUUCAAUAUUUGUAUGUCAAUAAAUAAAUAAUAAAAUAACUUUUUCAUUUUCCAUUAAUGGCUUCAGAGCUGGGAAAUCCAAACUCCCAGAAAUAUCUAAAUCCCAAUUGAACUCUGAUUUUUGCCAGGGACAGCUCUAUUAGGCAAUGGCAUGUGUGAAGUCCUGGGCAAGCGAUAAGACAAGGAAAAUUGGCCAGAAAUGGCCAAUAAUAAAUACAAAAAAACAACAACUGUACAGCAGACAUUAUGCGUGCUCUCAAGAUUAUGGUUUUUGUAACAUCUGUUGGGAGUUAGUGUCCUUCUCAUACCAUAGCUGUGUUGUAUACAGUGUAGAGCGAGGUAAUCAAUCUCUCAGUACAUGGUUGCAUUACAUCGCUGAACGCCUUGCAAAUACUAAUAACAGCAAGAUAAUGGAAGCUGUCUCCCUGAUCCUAGCUUCCCUUGCUCACUGCCCUGCCUGUGGUGGCCAUGAAAUAAGGUCAAAGUAUAGAAGGGUCUGGCGUCCAUUCCAAACCUCUGAUACAUAGUCCCCAGCUUAUGUAAUCUGAACUGCGCCAUGCCAGAACCUAGAAAGGAAAUGAUUACAUCCAGCUAUAAUGCGUUGUACAACAAUAGAUUAGUGAGCGUGAAAUUAAAAACUGCUGCUAACAUACAUUGAAAACAGGCAGGCGUUAUACAGCUUGUUGCUUUGAUAACAGAGACUGUGGUACUUCCAAAGAGGGACAUAAACGCUUGUUAAUUAUUUUGCUUUGUUUUUCUAUUUUUAUUAUGUUUUGUUUUGGAACACAUUUCUCCUGAAACAGGAAUGAGGAAGUGGGUAGUUGACUGGUGCGUUUUUCAAUAAAAGUAGAAUAGACUUUGAAUAUGCAUUGUUGUCACUGUGCUCAAAUUCCCUGCUUUUGUUAGACCCAAAGCUUCACAUUUAAGCACCACAAAAGGAAAGUUUAUUCAGAGUAGAUCUUCACUAAAUGGUGCUGGCUCUUGCUUCUAUAAAGUUCAUUUCUUAACAACAUUAAACUGUAUUGCGUGCGUUUUAAAACUAGCACGUUGUUGACAUUUGUGCCUCUCAGCUGAAACACAUACUGAAGUAAUUGGAUAAUAAUGAUGAUUUUGUCAGAAACAAUAUGGGAAAACCUGCCAAUUUACCUUAACACUUUCAAUGCUAGAGGUAACUUUACAGAGAGUUGAAUGUUUGAUGCCAUAUCUGAACUUGCAAUACAGUACAUUGCUUCUGUUUUAUCUAAUCUUUAACCAGUGCUUGAGAUUGGGGGUGUAGAUAAGGCAUAUGGUUUUGUUAAAUAAAGCAUUCCGUUUUGUAGAUUCAGCUGGGUGUAGUGAUUACUUUCAGUGAGCCACUGAAUCCUGCUGUGGGUACUCACUCCUUUGUGCUGGUUAACAUCAGUGUUUGAUAUAGGCAAGACUGGAAUCUGGAUGAAUCGGCUCCCUUUCACCCCCUCAUGAAAGAAAUUGCUGAGCCCUCUGCAUUGACCAAGCAAACAUACGAUGUCUCUGAAGAUGAAGGAGAGAAGGCUGUGGAGAAAACUGCAGAAGAAACAACGACAAAGAAAAGAAAGAUCCAAACAGUAAAGCCAGCCAAGGCUAAGGAGACAAAAACACAGACUGAGUGUGUUGUUGCUAAGAAGGAAAAACAGGAAGAUGAGAAAGAAACAAAGUCAAAAAGAAAAAGAAAGAAGAAAAUCACGGAUAUACUGGCCGCAUCAGCCCCUAAACCAGGCUGUCCUGCUGACCUGCAGAAACUGUUUGAGGACAACUUCAUAGACAAGCGCUCUGUCAUUGAAAUGGAGGAGCUGAAACUGCCAGAUUCCUGCUUUCUUCAAAGCAAUGACCUCACCCACAGUCUCUCUUCAUUUCUUAAGGAAAUUUGCCCCAAGUGGGCAAAGCUGUGUAAAAACCACACUGAGAAGUCAUCUGUGGUGAUGUUGAUUGUCUGCAGCUCUGCCCAUCGUGUUCUGGAUGUCAUCAAGCAACUUACAACCUUCAAGGGCAAUUCCAAAGUUCUGAAACUGUUUGCAAAACAUAUAAAGGUAGAAGAACAGAUCAAGUUGCUACAGAAAGGAGUGACCCACAUGGGUGUGGGGACCCCAGGAAGGAUUAAAGCUCUCGCAGAACAAGAUGGUCUGAGUCUGAAAGCUCUGAAGUAUGUGGUGUUGGACUGGAACUGGAGAGACCAGAAGCUCAGGAGGAUGGCAGACAUCCCGGAGGUGAAGCUGGACAUGCUGAAGUUACUGGAGGGUGGUAUCGCACAGGCCUGCCAGGCUGGCUCUGUUAAACUGGCUCUGUUCUAGUACCGCAUGCUGGGCACUGCUGGGAAAGCACAAGCAGCCUAGAUGUGACCAGCGUUACAACUUCUGCUACUUGUUUGUAUUCUGUAACUUGGUAAAAAAAAUAAAAUAAAAUCUCAGAA